UGGUUCUCGUUGAGGGAGGGAGAGUGAAAAAUGAGAGUGUACUACAGCUCUGUGGUGAUCAGGGCCAGGUGAAGAGGUGCAGCUGUCGGGAGGAUCAAGCUGUGGUGGGGGCAAGACCGGGGAUGCCAUGCCAGGUUCUCGUGACGAAGCGCGAGCCACAACCACCGCAGUGCGAAAUUAACCGCUCCAGGCUGCUGCGAGGCCCUCGCUUGCACUACACAGUGCGUGAUGAAUUAGUAAACCGUGGGAAGGAGGAGGAGUCGUUUUUUCAAGGCAAUUUGUGCUAAACAUGGCAUCCAGUGAUGCAGAGCUAGCAAUAUUGAAGGACCUCUCUAUUGUGGCUUAUGAUCCUAAAACAGAUCAUAGCAGGGAGCAUGUGAAAGACGACAUAGUCGAUGACAUCACCGUAGCUGAUGGUGCUGUGGACGUUCGUGGACGUCCUUCUAUCAAGUCCAGAACAGGAAAUUGGAAAGCGUGUUGGCCGAUAUUUGGUUGUGAGGUGUGUGAAAGAGUCGCGUUUUAUGCUAUCUCAUCCAAUUUGGUCAUCUAUCUCACAACAGUACUCCACGAGGAUAUAUCGGUUUCCGCCAGGAACGUUAACAAUUGGUCAGGAACAACAUUCAUGACUCCAUUAAUCGGAGCCUUCAUUGCGGAUGCUUAUCUUGGACGCUACCUGACGCUUGGCACAUUCUUGUGCGGAUAUUUCUUGGCCCUCACUUUUGUUACAAUGUCUGUAACACUACCAGCGUUGAAGCCUCCAGAGUGCAACGGAUUGACAGCAGAUCUCACAAAGUUUUGUCGACCAGCGACGAAAUUACAACGUGGCUUCUUUUACUUCGCUCUAUACCUGAUGGCUAUGGGAGCUGGAGGAAUCAAAUCAUGCGUGACAGCGUUUGCUGGGGACCAGUUUGAUAUUACAGAUCCAGUUGAGGCAAAGCGUAAAAUGUCAUUUCCAAACUGGUGGUUUGUGAGCAUUAGUUUUGGAACAAUGCUCUCUGUAAGCUUGUUAGUUUACGUGCAAGACACCAUUGGUUGGACUUGGGGUUAUGGUAUCCCCACAGGCAUCGCUGGUUUAGCCACACUGAUUUUUUUCAUCGGUACUCCCUUGUACCGAACCCAUCACAUCCGCGGAGGAAGUCCAUUUACACGAGUUGCGCAAGUCCUCGUCUCGGCCGCUAGAAAUUGGAGGGUCUCCGUGCCCACCAAUCCGGAGCUGCUUUGUGAACUUGACGACAAGGAAGCCUUGACCCAGGCUCCUGGCAAACUGCUGAGGCAUACUCCAGGCCUUGUAUUCUUGGACAAAGCUGCCACAGUACCAGUCAUGACCCAUGAACGUGUAUAUAGAUUUGAAGAACUGAUGAAGCCUGAUCCGUGGAGAUUGUGCACAGUGACACAAGUGGAGGAAGUAAAAUUGCUGGUUCGAAUGCUCCCUAUCUGGGUGACAAACUUAAUGUUCUCCGCCGUGUUUGCUCAAGUAGGCACUCUGUUUUUGAACCAGGGCACCACUCUGAACAGACAAAUGGGGCCAAACUUUCAAAUUCCAGCUGCCUCGAUGCCUCUUUUUGUCACCCUAACAAUCUGCGUAUUCCUACCUCUGUACGACAAAUUUUUUGUACCUGCCGUCCGUCGAAUCACAGGAGACAAACGUGGCUUAACAAUGUUACAGAGAAUUGGGGUUGGGCAAGUUAUAUCAACGAUCUCUAUUACCGUUGCUGCUUUUGUGGAGAUGAAACGCCUGCGCCUUGCGCAUUCUCUUGGCAAAGACAUCGUUGGGCCUUUACCUAUGACCAUUUUUUGGCUACUGCCGCAGUAUAUGCUAACCGGGAUCUGCGAAGUGUUUAUCUCAGUCGGUCAAAUGGAGUUUUUCUUGGACCAGGCCCCAGCAUCCAUGCGCAGCCUGGGCAACGCACUGUACCUAAGUACAGUGGCGGUUGGGAGCUUUCUUAGUAGUCUUUUAGUAUCUAUUGUUACAAAUAUCACGUAUGAUUCGAAUGGAGGUUGGAUUGGGAAUAACUUGAACGAAAGCCACAUGGAUUACUUCUAUUGGUUAUUAACAGGCUUGAGUUUGCUUAAUUUAUUCUUCUACGUACUAUUCGCUAAGUGGUAUACCUACAAAGACAGCAACAAGACUGAUGUAAGCAGGAGGUCCUCUGAAUCUCCGAGUUCCGACUCAAGUGGCGCCCUUCAGUCCGGCCACUGCCUGACAGUACCCAAUGGGGUGGCACCACUGGGAUACAAAGAGCUGAAAUAGGAUUAGCCAUACUACUUGGGGCUCCGAUGGCUUUGACGUCGUGACCGUGAUACCUGAAAUAGUAGGCAUGUUGAGGCUACUUAAAAUUCCUUUGCAAGCUCAUUUUUCCUACCUGCAAGUGUUGGCAAGAGUUAUUCGUGUAUUCAUAACAUCAUCGACCAAUGACUGCUGGUCCUUCUUCAAAAGUAUCCUGCAUAUCUACAACAGAGGAUACAUUAUCAAGGUUCCCAUCGAACUCCUAGAAUUUGGGGUUGACGAGUUGAGGUAAUCAGAUGUAGAAGGCUAAAAUUGGCGUCUACCUAGCCUGGUGUAGAGUUCACCACUUGGCAUUCGUAACGUCGUAAUUAUUUGAUUCAUAGUGAUAUUUGUUCUGAUUCUGUGCUUAAUGCAACAACGCUUGAGCAUAUUGCAAUUAAUUUGUUGAAACUUUGAUAACAAGUAAUGCGAGAAUAGCAAAGAUCCAUGAA